CAACUUAACUCUAUUGGUCUUCCUCUGUCGUUGUGAGCCGGUCUCGACCGCGAGAUGGCGUCCAGGAGAUCGAUUUGCCCUGUCUCCUGUAAGACAAAGCUGAGGAGGAACUCAUCCUUUCUGUUCGGCUCCUGUUUCUAUAGUAACCGAUAGUCGGCAACAUCCAUCCACCAGUGGGUCCAGCCUUCACGUCUCCCUCCUCCUCCCACCACCCUCUUCCUCCCCACGGUCAAUGCCCAGCGAAGAUGCAGCUGCAGCUGCUGCUUCUCACAUUUAAACAGUCAGCGACUAAGAUGGCGACGCCGCGGCUCCUGCUUUUUUUCUUUUUCUACAUCAGCUCUGUCUGUAUCCCAUCAUCAGUUGGAGUGACACUCCGAACCACGGACAAAAUUGUGUGGGCAAACGAGUUUGAGCCCAUUGAACUGACCUGUGUAAUUGAGUCAAUCUCUACCAACAACCCCAGGAUUGAAUGGAAAAAGAUAAAAAACGGCGUGCCCAGUUAUGUUUACUUUCAAAAAAAGAUAUCAGGGGACUUGGAGCACAGAGCUCAGCUCAGAGAGCCUGCCAACAUCCUGAUCUUCAACACAACCCGCUCUGACACAGCAGAGUACCGUUGUGAGGUGGCUGCCAUUGAUGAUCAAAGGGACUUUGAUGAGAUUCUCAUUAGUCUUGCAGUGAGAGUGAAACCUGUGGCGCCAAGGUGCAGCGUUCCAGGUUCGGUCACAGUGGGAACGUCAACUGAGCUGCGGUGUCUGGAAAAUGAGGGUUUUCCUGCCCCUCAGUACCGGUGGUUUCAAAACAACGAGGAGCUUCCUCAGGAUCCUAAGACCAGCCUCAAGUUCGCCAACUCUUCAUACAUCAUCAACCCUGACACUGGAGGUCUGAAAUUCCGAAGGGUGAGAAAGGCUGAUGCUGGAGAAUAUUACUGCCAGGCCAGAAAUGAUGCAGGCCAUGCACAGUGUCCACCGCAGAAGAUGGAAGUCCAUGAUGUCGACAUACUUGGGAUUUUCCUCAAGUGUUUUGCUGCAGUUAUUGUCUUCUUCUGCUUGGUUGCUUUUGUCUGUCAUUACCUGAGGCGAGGAUGUUUUCACAAAAAAGGAAGCAAUGAAAAUAACUAUAAAUGGCCAGCACAGCGAGAUGGUGUCGACUAUGGUGAUGCAGAUGAGGGUCAUUUUCGGCACAAGAGUUCCUUUAUUAUUUGACCACAGAGAUGGAGGAUUUGGAAAAAGACACAAAAACUCAUACCAGUAAACUGUUACGGUUAAAAUGCAACAAUGAUGCCCCACCUGGUAAAAAAAACAAAAAACAGCAUGGCACAUUCAGUCUCAAAUGGCACAUCUAAUAAAAAAGUCAACCAAAGUCAUUUAAUCAGUAUUUGAUACCUUGUCAUCAUGUGUCAUCUUUUUGUACAAUUUAUAAUUGUUUUAAUAUCAAUUUCCUGGUUUUAAUAUGGUUGCCACCAUUAACUCUUAGUUAGUUUUGUUGUUUGUUUGUCUCCCAGCAAAUGUUUCUGUUACAAAUUUAUAUACUGACUUUUGAAAGCUGUGAUACCUAAUCUCCAGCGUUGGUGCAAAAGAUGCUGGAAACUAUAUAUGUUCGUCCAUAUUUUUUUGGACAAAUUUUUUUUUUUUUUUAAUGACGGCAGAUUUUUUUUUUUUUUUACAUUGUUCAUGAAGUUUGUUGCACGUGAGAAAGAACCUUGUUCUUGAAUAUGUAUGAUUGUAUACAGACAAUUAAUAACAGACUGUUUAGCUCCAAUUCAUAUGGCACAAUUUAUUAGGAGCAUUUAUUAUAUUCAUAAACAGUAACAAGUAUGUAGAAUUACAAAAUACCACUAAAUUUAAAUAUAUAUUUAUCAGACUAUGCUGAAAAAUCAUUCUGAACAAGUAUAAAGGGGUGAAGUUUAAUAGUGCUGUUUGUUUGUGUAGAAGUGACCUUCUGUACUCUACUCAUUAUUUUGUGAGUAUUGGACCUAUUUUCCGGUUUUAACUCAGUAUUAAUGUACAUAAAAUUACUUUUUUAAUAUUUUAAUUUCCAUACAUUGCACUCCCAUCUUUUAUUGUAUAUAUGGUGUUAGAACUGUCUUAAAUAAUUGUACAGUAUCCACUGCUUGAUGCGUUUGCAGUGUCAUAAACCGUUUAUCCUUAUGAAUUUCAAAACAUGUUUGUGUUGAUUAUUUAUGUGAAAACUCAGGAACUGUUACAGAAGUGUCCAUUGUUUGUUUGAUAUUACAUGUUCAUAUUAUUUGUCUUUAAUAAAAAAAAAACAGUU